AUGGGAAAGAUGGACAUUGACUAUCAGGUCCUCCAUGAUGCCUUCUUUAAGUACCAGACAAAGCAUAAACUGACAUUUCUUGGCGAACUGUAUUUUGAAGGGAAAGAAUUCGAGGUUAAGCUGAGGGAAAUGAAACCAGGAACUUUGUCACAUGACCUAAAAGAAGCUCUUGGUAUGCCCGAAGUGGACGAAUACGGGCGUCCCUUGUAUGGUGAUGUCUUAAGUGUUCAGCAGCAAGAUCAGCCUACCUAUGAGUGCUUGAAGAGAAAAGUGAAAACAUUGCUCCAGGAACAUUAUAAGGAACCAGUCACACUCAAGACAAGGCUGGAGCCAAAAGGUGACGGUUUGUGGUGUGGAGCACAGGUUGAUUUGCUGAGAGGACAAAAGACAAACCGAGUGGAUGUGAGUUUACAGCCAGAGGAGCUUGAAGCUAUGGUCAACGUUUCACCCACAAAGUAA